CUGACACAAGGGGCUAGACCGCUAAAAAGUGCUUUAGCUUGCCUCAUGACAUUUCCCAGAGGCUUUUCCUGAAAUGUUACGUUGAGAAAUUAUUUCAAGUGUGUAUCGUUCUCUGUUUUUGCCAUUCCAAACAAGCUGCAUCAGUCUUACGGUUUUUCAAAACAUUUCCCUGUUCUCACGCAGAAAUGGGUGAAGUGGAGUUGUCCUGUCUGGCCUACGUGAAGAUGUAUCUGCAUUCCUGCCUGUUCCCUCGCUGCAGUGUGAAUGGGUUGCUGUUGUCAUCCAGUCCUGCUGGAGGAGCUGUGUGUGUCACAGACUGUGUGCCUCUGCUACAUUCUCAUCUCCCUCUGGCUCCCAUCACACAGCUGGCCAUUACUCAGGUGGAUGUCUGGUGUUCCCAAACACAACAGAGGAUUGUGGGAUACUAUCAGGCAAAUGCCUGUGUGUCUGACAGCAGCCCAACACCAUGUGCACUGAAGAUUGCUGACAAGAUUGCAGAACAGUGCAGUAAUGCUGUCCUGUUGAUGAUUGAUGGGUCAAAAUUGUGUCCAGGUUACAGAGUGCCACCUAUAGUGAUGUAUGAACGGAAAGACUCCCGCUGGAUUCUAAAAGAUAAAGACACGAUAAUGCUACGGCAGUGGGAAGAGAUUCGUUCAAUAGCCAGUCAGCUACUAGAGUCUGGAGAUCACAACAUGUUAGUGGAUUUUGACACCCAUUUGGAUGACAUAACAAAGGACUGGACCAAUCAGAAGCUUAAUGCGAAGAUAGCUGAACUGGUCUCUCCUGCCAAUGGCAACGUGUAGAGUCCUGUUUCUCAGCCUGUCCCUCUUGGCCUUCUUAGCCUAACCCCUUUGAACCGUGCACUGAUGCGAUUCAACUCAACUGUUCUUCAAGUGCUUGACUAGGUGUGUCAGAUGUUCCUAGACUGAGCUAAGAACAAACAAAAGUGUCAAAGGUCUAGGAGUAUGUAGAACCAGAGAGGAAACACUGGUUUUUAUCAGUUUUAGUACAUAGCUAAUGUAAAAUGAUCUGUUACUUAAUUUAUGACGUUUUUAAGCUUUCACGUUUUGUAUAUCUAACACUAUUUGUUUCACCAAAUGCAUCAAAAGCCAUAAAGCACACCACAUUGAAGAAUUAUUGGUAUGAAUGAAAUUUAUUGGAAAUGUUCUGUUCUCUACAAACAUAGUGAGGGGACAUGUAACAAGACCCUUGAGCAUAAAUAUAAUCCGUGUUUAUAAAUACACUUUUUUGUUUUUCUUUUAGACUUCCAUUUCUUUUCUGUGUUCUGUGUGGUACAUCCUCUUUCCUGUUCCUCAACAGUGAUGACUCAGUCACCAUGGCAUGUUGUUUAGAACUGGGAUAUUCAAUGGCCAGCAUUGAAAUGACUGUACUAAAUCUCUCAGGUUUGUCAUCUGUUUUUUUUAAUCACCUCGUAAUGCUUUCAUAGAACUAUCACAGAAAUGUACGUGCUGGGUUGAUCAGUGAGUGACACAACAGUACAGAAACUUCAAAUGUAGCUGAGAACAGUCCAUCUAAUGCAAUAUUAAACAGCUAUAACUGUUGCUGAAUGCACCACAUCGUUGACUAGUUGGAUAUGGACA